GGGAUUUUUGCCUGGGAGACACCACUUUCUUCCUCAUACAGGUUGUGUUCAGUUUCUGGAAAUGCAGAGAUGAAGAGGGGGAGACCCUCAUCCUAGGGAAAGGAAUCAGCUGCCGGGCUCUGAGGAGAGCAAGGAGCUGCUGCUGCCAGCUGAACCAGUUACUCCUCUUCUUUCUGAAAACCAGUUAAUGCAAAGGUGAGAUACCUGAGCUCUAUGAGAAAAUGGCAUCCCCAUCAGAAUCAACAUCCCCAGUGAAAAACAUCAAGGAUGAAGAAACCGAUUCUGUUUCUGAACUAAACCGCUCAUCUUCGAACAAUCAGAGGGCAAAGAGCCUUGAAAGUUCUUUCAAAAGAAUGUUAAGCUUCAGGACAAGUAAGCGGAGCUUAACCAAAGACAAAGAUGAAAAUAAGGCAAUACCUGAACCCUGUGAGAAAAUGGUGUCCCCAGCAGAAUCAACAUCCCCAGUGAAAAACAUCAAGGAUGAAGAAACCGAUUCUGUUUCUGAACUAAACCGCUCAUCUUCGAACAAUCAGAGGGCAAAGAGCCUUGAAAGUUCUUUCAAAAGAAUGUUAAGCUUCAGGACAAGUAAGCGGAGCUUAACCAAAGACAAAGAUGAAAAUAAGGCAAUACCUGAACCCUGUGAGAAAAUGGUGUCCCCAGCAGAAUCAACAUCCCCAGUGAAAAACAUCAAGGAUGAAGAAACCGAUUCUGUUUCUGAACUAAACCGCUCAUCUUCGAACAAUCAGAGGGCAAAGAGCCUUGAAAGUUCUUUCAAAAGAAUGUUAAGCUUCAGGACAAGUAAGCAGAGCUUAACCAAAGACAAAGAUGAAAAUAAGGAGAUACCUGAGCCCAGGGAAAAAAUGGCAUCUCCAUCGGAACUGGCAUCUCCAGUAAAAAGCAUUGAGGAUGAAGUAACUGAUUCUGUUUCUGAACUAAAUAGCUCACCCUUGAAUAAUCAGGAGGCAAAGAGCCCCGAAAAUACUCUGAAAAGAAUGUUAAGUAUCAGGAAAAGUAAACAAAGUUUUACCAAAGACAAAGAUGAAAAUAAGGCAAUACCUGAACCCUGUGAGAAAAUGGUGUCCCCAGCAGAAUCAACAUCCCCAGUGAAAAACAUCAAGGAUGAAGAAGCCAAUUCUGUUUCUGAACUAAAUAGUUCACGAUCGAACAAUCAGGAGGCAACGAGCCCUGAAAAUGCUCUGAAAAGAAUGUUAAGCAUGAAGAAACCCAAAGACAAAGCAGGUGAUGACUCUGGUACCCUGAGAAGAAGCAAACGUUUUUCACUGAGAAACUUAAAAAAAAAUGAAGAGGGCAGCAGUGCUAAGAACAUGACUAACACCAGUGUGACCAAGAGCGGGGAGAAUAUAGGGUCCAUUAAAGAAGAACCUCUCUCAGUAAUGCAAAUAAGUGACCUUAUUAAGGAGAAGCAACUUUUGAAGGCAUUUGAAUACAUCAUGUAUUUGGAAAACGAAGUUAUAACUGAAAAAGAGGUCAAGAAAGGUGAAGCCAAUCCUACAGAAUAUGCACGAAAAGUCAAGGAUGUGGAUUUGCUCUAUAUCUCGCUGGCUGACUCGAUCACAUCCAUUGUGAAGGAAAUACUUGAUCAGCCCAGUAUAAAUGAAAGUUUGUUGAUGUCUAUGGUGACCUUAAUUUCUGAAGAAGAAGAAGCUCAUGCUGAUGUACAGGGCCCUGACUCUUCAGAAUCAGACUGCAUUGGCAGACCCAGAAAGUGGCGAGAUGUGUGGAAGGAAGCUGUCAGACAGAGUGCUCAAUGGAGAGUCCAGAGAGUGCCUAUUUCGUUGAAGGAGGACAAUGAUUCUUGGCUUGCUAUCCAUUUAGGGUUCCUCAGAAAAUACGUUAGUGAAGAUUUAUUGAAAAUUAAGCACUCGGUGCAAAAGUGUUACCCAGAUGACUAUAAAGUAUGUGAGACAUAUGUGGAGUCAUUUCACAAUGCCAUUUCUUCACACCUUGAAGCUCUCUUGCAGAGACCCUUGGAAUUCAAUGAAUUUUAUGCAUUACUUGAUUGGAUUGUUAACACAUACUCUAGUGACAUGCUCCUGGGACAUCCUGAUCUCCAAGCUGAGGUAAAGACUCUGAACCUCCCUCUGUUGUUAUCAUCAGAAGCUUGGACCAAACUAAAAAAUGACUAUGUGGAUUCUCUAGCGAAGACAAUAAAGUUCUAUUUGGAAAACAUUCUGAAGCUGGAGAUCACAACCAAGUGGAAGGAGGAAAGUCAGCCAGAAAACUCACAAACCCAGUACCACUCAUCGUUGUCCUUCGAUAUUCAAGAGCUCAUUGGACAGCUCAAGAAGCAAUCUGGAAACAUUUUGAAAAGUCUGGAAACAGCAACUCUUGACAUCAGCAUGGGAGAACUGAGAGAAUUCAUACCAAGAUUAAAGAAGGAAUUUGUGGAGUGGUACAAAAAGAGAGAGGAUUUGUUGUUUCUGCCAUAUUUGGUAGCCUACAUUAACACCUUCUGUGAUCUGAUGAGAGGCUUACAAAAAACAUUUAACGCCGAUACUAAGGAACUGGAAGAGAUCCUGACUCUUGUGAUAAAGAGCUUCAGAAAGGACGCUUUAAAUAAACUGGAACUAAAAACGCAGACACUCUUUAAGAAAAUUCUGACUGACACGUGGAUGUUAAAUAGUGAUAUACUGGAUUCAAUAAUGUCAAUAACUGAACAAAUUUGCCAACACCUAAAACAUUUAGAGGAGCCUAUUGACAAGGAUUUUCUAGGUGAUGCGCACAAGUACGUGGUGAGAGAGUACAUCGCGCAGGUCAUCAAACCGAGAAGGAAAAUAAAGAGAGCCAAGCGGAAAGAGGUUAGCGAAAGGAUGAUCCGAGAAGCCAGAGUUAUAGAGGGAAGCUUCAAAGAACUGGGUUCUAAUGCUGAUUGGCUUGAUUCUGCUAUUCAAUACAUUGCAAACAUAAUUUCAGAGAAGAACAAACCUAAAAUCAAGGAAACUAUUGAGGAUAUGUGCAAGGAUUAUCCAGAUGUCAGAAAGAAACAUAUUGCAGCUGUUCUCGCCCUCCGAGGAUUGUGCCGCAACAAGAGAGGGUCCAUUAUUCAGCAAAUAGAAGCUCUCCAAGAAAAUGCAGAAAGCCUGCCUGAGAGAGCACUCUUUGCUGAGAUAGAUGUUCCAGCUAUUGUCAGUUGUUUUUAAAAACCACCUAGACAACAGAAACAAGAUCUGCCAAAGAUAUUACAGUGUGUCUAGGCCAUGCUCCUAAACAUGACUCUUGCUCCUCUGUGCCCAUAGGUCAAAGCAUUGUAAUGGAUGUACAGAAAUUGACUCUGUUCCAGAAGAUAAGGGCAAUGGAGAAGCCAAUAUAUUGCACAAAGACACUCCCUAUGUAAACACUGAUAAUUACCUAGAGAAUAGUUAUCAAUGAUUCACAAUUGAGCUGGAAGGGCAUAUCAGGCAGUGUCCUGCAGGGAUCUGUCCUGGGUCCUAUUCUAUUCAAUAUCUUCAGAAAUUGUUUGGAUCAUAACACAGAAAAUGCACUUAUAAAGUUUUUCACAUUACACCAAGUUGGAGGCACCUAUUCAAGCCCGUUGGAAGUCAGGAUUAGAAUUCAACAUGAUGUGGACAAGCUGGAGAAAUGGACUGAAAUAAACAAGAUGACAUUCAAUAAGGAUGAAUACAAAAGUACUCUAUUGAGGAAAGAAGAAACAAUUGCCCAAAACGGGAAAUAACUGCCUGGGAAGGAGUACUGCAGAAAGAAUCUGGAGAUUAUAGUGGAUCAACAACUAAAUAUGAGUCAACGAGGUAAUAUUGUUGCAAAAAAAGCAAACAUCAUUCUGGGCUGUAUUAGCAACAGUGUUGUAAGCAAGGCACAAAAAGUAAUUCCCCUGCUCUACUCAGCACUGAUAAGGGCUCAAGUGCAGUAUUGUGUCUAGUUCUGGGCCCCACACUUUGGGAAAGAUGUGGACAAAUUAGAGAAAGUCCAGAGGAGAGCAACACAAAUGAUUAAAGGUCUAGAAAACAUGACGUAUAAGGGAAGAUUGAACCAAAUUGGACUUGUGUAGCCUGGAAAAAAGAAGACAAGACAGAGCGGAGUGGGAGGCAUGAUAGUUGUCUUCAAAAACAUAUAAGAUUGUUAAAAGAAGAGUGUGAUAAAUUCUUAACCACUGAGGACAGAAAAAGUAGCACAAGAUUUAAACUGCAGUAAGGGAAACUAGAGAGGUUGUGGAAUCUCUGUCAGAGGAGGUUUUAAGGAAAGGCUGACAAACACCAGUCAAGGAUGGUCUAGGCUUAGUUGGUCCUGCCUCAGUGCUGGGUACUGGACUAGAAUGAUACUUUCUACUCCUACAUUUCUAAUGUUCUAACCCUAUCCAUUAAAGCAGUGGUUCUCACGGUGUGAUCCACAGACCACUGACUUGCAGAUGGUCCACGGUGUUACCUAGGGGCAAAGGCAACUAAGAAAAUAGAAAUUAAUAUCUGGGGGUGGGGGGCUAUUUCAGAGGAUGCAGGCCCCUUUUCCCACAUCUAUCAACGGUCAGAGUAACCCCUCAUUGAGUCGUCCCAGUGUGAUGUAUAAAUCAAGAAGGACACUCUAAAAUAAGAUAACAAAUGUAUUAGGGAAUUAAAUUACAAUAACUAGGGAAAAUGGGGAUUUCAUAUAAGAACUAAAACAAUAACACAAAUGAUAGUAAGCUUCCUUACUCAACUGUGACUAAAUAACAGUACAUAGGAGUGUAGGGAUUUCAUCAGGGCGGCAUGAAGCCUGGGCCCAAAUGUUCCCAUUGGUUGGGAGGAAAAGAAGAGAAGACGGGAAAGAACCCCAAGAUGCCGGUAGUAUUAGGCUGGAUGCUGCCAUGCUGCCAAGGCCUGGGACCGACUACCCUCGAGCCAAUUGAAAGCUCUCAGGGACGAGCUCCAGGGAAAUCCCUGUGAAGAACUUCUGUAAUGGUGAUGGAUCACUGAUCAUUGAUGGUAACUCUUCUCCCGUCCUCGUCACAGCUGUGGUGGUCUGAUGCUGAUAGGAGCAUAGAUGGAAGAAGCCCCCCCCCCCUCAGCAGCUGCGCAGGGCCUUAAAAUCACUUCAGUGGGACGCAACCCUGAGGUGAUGGAACGUUCUGAAAACCUGAGCUAGCUCUUACCAGCCAGAACUGUUCAGAGUCUCCAGCUGCUGACAGGCAUUCUGAUCAAAGUGGAGUCCUUGGGUCAAAAGUUCACUGCCUCCAUUUUGAAUAGUUUUAACUGAACAGUUUUCAUCCCAACAACGGGCUCAGGACUCCCGCCACAUACGCACAGAGCAGGGAGCCUGCACUGGCACUCUAGCCCUAUCUCUCCU